GAGCGUGGCCUCUCUGGGUAAUCUUGGACAGGAGAACAAAGAUACCAGUGAACCAUUCCAAAUGAUCUGGCAUGGAGUUGGAACGGAGAAGCCUGCAAUUCAAAUAGAACGAGAAAGUCAUGAGAGAAACCAGUCAAAUACUGGGAAUAAGGAAAGCUUAUCUUCCACUGAUGCUGAGAUUCAAGACUUUCUUCCCUCACAAGGAAAAAUAAAGAAAAAAUGUAUCAUGAAAAGUGUACGCCUAUUCAAAGACAAAUUAGAAAUAAAUCAACACUAUCCAGUCCAAACAAAAGAAGAUUAUAUGUCCAGAGACAGUGGUAAUAAUUACAAUUGCAUUUUCACUCUUUCCCAUGAAAAUGGGUCCCUUACAUCUCAUAAAAGAAUCCACACAGGAGAGAAGCCAUACAAAUGCAUGGAGUGUGGAACGAGCUUCAGUUUUAAUAGUUCUCUUACUGUUCAUCAAAGGAUGCACACAGGGGAGAAGUCAUAUAAAUGCAUGGAGUGCGGAAAGAGCUUCUGUAAAAACAGUUCUCUUACUGUUCAUCAAAGGAUCCACACAGGAGAGAAGCCGUAUAAAUGCAUGGAGUGUGGGAAGGGCUUCAGCCAAAACAGUAAGCUCACUUCCCAUAAAAGGAUCCACACAGGAGGGAAGCCAUAUAAGUGCACAGAGUGUGGGAAAAGUUUCACUAACAGCUCUUCCCUCACAUCUCAUAGAAGGAUCCACACAGGAGAGAAGCCAUAUAAGUGCAUGGAGUGUGGAAAGAGCUUCUGUGAAAAUAAGUCUCUUACUGUUCAUAAAAGGAUCCACACAGGGGAGAAGCCAUAUAAAUGCAUGGAGUGUGGAAAGAGCUUCCGUGAAAACUCAUAUCUUACUCUUCAUAAAAGGAUUCACACAGGGGAGAAGCCAUAUAAAUGCAUGGAGUGUGGGAAGGCCUUCACGCAACACAGUAGCCUAAGUUCCCAUAAACGGAUGCACACAGGAGGGAAGCCAUAUAAGUGCACAGAGUGUGGAAAAAGUUUCACUAACAGCUGUUCCCUCAAAUCUCAUAGAAGGAUCCACACAGGAGAGAAGCCAUACAAAUGCAUGGAGUGUGGAAAAAGUUUCACUAACAGCUGUUCCCUCAAAUCUCAUAGAAGGAUCCACACAGGAGAGAAGCCAUACAAAUGCAUGGAGUGUGGAAAAAGUUUCACUAACAGCUGUUCCCUCAAAUCUCAUAGAAGGAUCCACACAGGAGAGAAGCCAUACAAAUGCAUGGAGUGUGGAAAGAGCUUCCGUGAAAACUCAUCUCUUACUGUUCAUCAAAGGAUCCACACAGGGGAGAAGCCAUAUAAAUGCAUCGAGUGUGGGAAGGCCUUCAGGCAACAGAGUAAGUUUACUUCCCAUAAACGGAUCCACACCGGAGAGAAGCCAUAUAAGUGCAUAGAGUGUGGAAAAAGUUUCAGUGAGGGCUUUUCCCUCACAUCUCAUAGAAGGAUCCACACAGGAGAAAACCCAUACAAAUGCAUGGAGUGUGGAAAGAGCUUCUGUGGAAAUAGUUCUCUUACUGUUCAUCAAAGGAUCCACACAGGGGAGAAGCCAUAUAAAUGCAUGGAGUGUGGAAUGAGCUUCCGUGAAAACAGGUCUCUUACUGUUCAUCAAAGGAUCCACACAGGGGAGAAGCCAUAUAAAUGCAUGGAGUGUGGAAUGAGCUUCCGUGAAAACAGGUCUCUUACUGUUCAUCAAAGGAUCCACACAGGGGAGAAGCCAUAUAAAUGCAUGGAGUGUGGAAUGAGCUUCCGUGAAAACAGGUCUCUUACUGUUCAUCAAAGGAUCCACACAGGAGAGAACCCAUACAAAUGCAUCGAGUGUGGAAAGAGCUUCUGUGAAAAUAAGUCUCUUACCAUUCAUAAAAGGAUCCAUACAGGAGAGAAGCCAUAUAAAUGCAUGGAGUGUGGAAAGAGCUUCCGUGAAAAUUCGUCUCUUACUCUUCAUAAAAGGAUCCACACAGGGGAGAAGCCAUAUAAAUGCAUGGAGUGUGGAAAGAGCUUCCGUGAAAAUUCGUCUCUUACUCUUCAUAAAAGGAUCCACACAGGGGAGAAGCCAUAUAAAUGCAUGGAGUGUGGAAAGAGCUUCCGUGAAAAUUCGUCUCUUACUCUUCAUAAAAGGAUCCACACAGGGGAGAAGCCAUAUAAAUGCAUGGAGUGUGGGAAGGCCUUCAGGCAACACAGUAACCUAAGUUCCCAUAGACGGAUCCACACAGGAGGGAAGCCAUAUAAGUGCACAGAGUGUGGAAAAAGUUUCAGUAAGAGAUGUUCCUUCACAUCUCAUCGAAGAAUCCACACAGGAGAGAAGCCAUACAAAUGCAUGGAGUGUGGAAAGAGCUUUCGUGAAAACAGGUCUCUUAUUGUUCAUCAAAGGAUCCACACAGGGGAGAAGCCAUAUAAAUGCAUGGAGUGUGGGAAGGCCUUCAGGCAACACAGUAAGUUUACUUCCCAUAAACGGAUCCACACAGGAGAGAAGCCGUACAAAUGCAUGGAGUGUGGAAAGAGCUUUCGUGAAAACAGGUCUCUUAUUGUUCAUCAAAGGAUCCACACAGGGGAGAAGCCAUAUAAAUGCAUGGAGUGUGGGAAGGCCUUCAGGCAACACAGUAAGUUUACUUCCCAUAAACGGAUCCACACAGGAGAGAAGCCGUAUAAGUGCAUAGAGUGCGGAAAAAGUUUUACUAACAGCCGUUACCUCAAAUCUCAUGGAUGUAUCCACGCAGGAGAGAAGCCACAUAAAUGCAUGGAGUGUGGAAAGAGCUUCUCUGCAAAUACUUCUCUUACUGUUCACCAAAGGAUCCACGCAGGAGAUAAGCCACAUAAAUGCAUGGAGUGUGGGAAGAGCUUCUCUGCAAAUAGUUAUCUUACUGUUCACCAAAGGAUCCACACAGGGGAGAAGCCAUAUAAAUGCAUGGAGUGUGGGAAGAGCUUCUCUGCAAAUAGUUAUCUUACUGUUCACCAAAGGAUCCACACAGGGGAGAAGCCAUAUAAAUGCAUGGAGUGUGGGAAGAGCUUCUCUGCAAAUAGUUAUCUUACUGUUCACCAAAGGAUCCACACAGGGGAGAAGCCAUAUAAAUGCAUGGAGUGUGGGAAGGCCUUCAGGCAACACAGUAACCUAAGUUCCCAUAGACGGAUCCACACAGGAGAGAAGCCAUAUAAGUGCACUGAGUGUGGAAAAGGUUUCACUAACAGCUGUUCCCUCACAUCUCAUAGAAGGAUCCAUACAGGAGAGAACCCAUACAAAUGCAUGGAGUGUGGAAAGAGCUUCUGUAAAAACAGUUCUCUUACUGUUCACAAAAGGAUCCACACAGGAGAGAAGCCGUACAAAUGCAUGGAGUGUGGAAAGAGCUUCCGUGAAAACAGGUCUCUUACAGUUCAUCAAAGGAUCCACACAGGGGAGAAGCCGUAUACAUGCAUGGAGUGUGGGAAGGGCUUCAGCCAACACAGUAACCUAAGUUCCCAUAAACGGAUCCACACAGGAGAGAAGCCAUAUAAGUGUAUAGAGUGCGGAAAAAGUUUUACUAAGAGCCAUUCCCUCCUAUCUCAUGGAUGUAUCCAUGCAGGAGAGAAGCCAGAUAAAUGAAGGGAGUGUGGAAAGAGCUUCAGGAGAAGCAGUGACCUAAUUUCCAACACACAGACCCAUUUGGGUGAGAAUCCAUGUAAAUUCUAGCUAUGGUUGGUUAAAUCUAUGCAUUUCCUCUUUGUGUAUACUGACUCGGGAAGGAAUGUUUUUUGAGCCUGACCUUCACAACUGGCAGCCCCAGAGAGAUUAAUUUACCAAUGGAAAUAAAAGCAAUGGGUAUGUGCCUUCUUAAUUAUGAACUGUGGAUUUUUGAAGGUACUAUCAUUUGAAGGUGGCCAACGCUCUUGCACGUCAGUAAGAAAAAUCCUUUUUCUUCACUUUACCUUUAUUUUGGGCAUGUCAGAUUCUGGGCUGUACAAUUUGAUGAAGAUGUUGUCUUUAUUGUGGUUUUACAAGUGAGCUUCUUGCUUGUCAAUUGUUUGUUCUUCCCACUUGAGCAUGCUGCUGAGAGGGAUGUGUACAAGCAGACAUGUAAGAGGUCCCCCAAACAGCCGAAGGAGCUGCAUCUCCCUGAUGCAUCUCUUCAAGACAGGUUUUUUAGUUUUCCUUCUGCUAUACCAGAAUGCAGAUAGAAGUUCAACUUCCCAGAGUUUAAACUUUCCUUCUUUUGCUUAGACUACUUACAAGUGUUUCCCACUCCCUCCCUCAUUCCUGAAUAUGUUCAGAGGUCUCAAGCAAUAUUAAAAUCCUAAGGUAACACAGGUUCCAUCAAAGAAUAGGGAGAGAGAUGUUAUGUGCUAUUGAAUUGCCCCCUGAAUAAUUGUGAUAUGAAAUUAAAAGUAACA